AUGACCGACCGCCCCGCCACCUCUCCCGCCCGCUCAUUCACAACCAUGGCCACGCCCACACCCACGCCGCCGCCCAUACCACCACCGCUCGAUAAGGCGUCGUGCAUCACGCUCGUGACGCAUACCCUCGCCGACGCGCGCGCCCGCGGAGAUCCGGUCACGAUCGACUUGUCGCAUCAGCGCAUUGCGGCUAUUCCGGUGGAGGUGCUGGAGCUGGUAAAGUGCGAGAUUGAGAGGCUAGCACUUGCGCAUAACCAGCUCACGGGCUUCUCGGACGAGUUUGCGGCCUUGCCGAGGCUGCGGUACCUUAACCUGCGGUCAAACUUUCUGCGCGAGUUCCCUGCUGCGCUUACACGACUGCCGUCACUCGAGAUUCUUGACGUAUCACGAAAUCGACUGCGUGCACUACCUGCCGACUUUGGCACGCUCGUUAACCUUAAGGUACUCUCCAUGUCGAAAAACAAAAUCACAACGCUCCCCGCCUACAUUGGCGACAUGCACGACCUCAAGAUCCUGAAGCUGGACCACAACCCGCUGUCGUUCCCGCCGGCGGCGGUGCUGGACCUGGACGGCGAAGAGACGGACCGCGACGCGUGGCUGGACAACUUGAAGCGGUUUCUGAGGAAUGGGUCGAGUGGCAGCGAAAACGACUUUUUGAGCACUGCAGCGACAUUGGUGGCACGACCGAGCACGGAAACACUGUUCUCGGACGCCGGAAAUGGAAAUGGUGACACCAUCAAGCCACUGAAAGGAGGCGGAGUAGGGGGAGGAGGAGGGGGAGGAAUGAUUGGAGGGGAAAUGAUCGGCGGGGGAGGAGGAGGACUUGAGCCCACAAUCACCCCUUCCGUGACACCCCUGGCAUGGCUGCCAAAAAGGCGUCGAUGGGCACCGGGCGGCGGCCCCCCAAACAACUCUUGCAAAGCCUCCCGAUGGCCCUCCUCCCAGCCGCCCUCAAGUCCCCCGGGCCACUGCAGCCCCUCCCGCAGACGCCCACUGAGCGCUCACGCAGCAACUCAGAGUCCACGAUCCUCAACACCCGGCGCAUGGGCAUGGUGGGCACGCGGGGCAAGCACGCCGAGCAGCAACACCUUCGCACCGUCGAUGAGCAGCACCUACAACUCCAGAAAGCAAAACACCAGCGCGGCUACUCCCACGACUCUGCCGUCGUCCGCGGCGGCGGUGGCAGCGGUAAUGUCCGUCUCCUCCGCGCGCAUCGGCGAGGCCGCACGCGGAAUCCUGUACGCAAUGUCGACGCUGCAGGGCCCCAUCGAGGAGUUUGUACAGUCGCUCACCCCCGCCCCCGCGGGCGACACAAGCACCAUCGACACGGCGCUCUACACCGCCAACAUCCACAUCGGCACGCUUGUCAGCGCGCUCGAGGCAUUCGAGGAGACUGACGAAGAGGCGCAGGUCAUUGACGCAUGCUACGCGUGCGUCGCGGCGUUUAAGCGCGUGCUGGCACUCAUACGCGAGACGGGCGGCGCGGGCUGCCAGGAGAAGAGAUACGUGAGGACGCUGCUGCUCAUGGUGUAUGGAUCGUAUAUCGAGAUUCAGCACAGCUAUGAGACGCUGCGGCCGCUGCUGCCCGGCGCGGGAGAGGAGCCCCCCGUGACGGCGAGGUUGUAUGCGCCGCCGCCGCCGCCGCUGAGACUGAAGAAUAGUAGCUCGGUGGUGAGUCUGCCGUCGACGCCGCGGCAGGACGUGUUUAUGCUGCAGCCGCCGCCGACGCCGGGGUUGGCGGUGGCGGGGGCCGUGGACGGCGGGUUUGAUAGCGAUGAGCCGCUGUAUGGGAAGUUUGUGGCGGCGACGACGGCCGCGACGACGACGCUGCCGGUGAUUGAGCGCGAGAUUAAGGCGGCGGCGGGGUCGGUGCCGAAUCCGGCGGUGGCGUUGAAGCUGAGGGAGGUGGCGGCGCUGUGUGUGGCCGGGACGGAGGCCGCGAGGAGACUGGGGAUGGUGAAGUGGGAGGCGGUGAGGGAGGGGGAUGUGGCGGAGCGGAGGAGGUUCUGGGAGGAGACGAAUAAGUUUACUAAUUUGGUGAUCAAUAUCGCGGAACUCAUCAAGUCAAUAACACAGGAGCACCCGUUUCCAAAACCGACGCUCAUCGCGGUGGGGACCGUCGUGCGCCCGACGAAGGACCUGUACAUCCUCAUGAACGGGUCGGCGUUCAGACACCAGCAGCAGCAGUAUGCGGCCACGCCGCUGUCGGCCGCGUUGGGGGUCGCCAUGCAGGCGACGAUACCGCAGAUGGCGGGGGCGUAUAGUGCGGGGAGAAGCGGGACGAUGGUGAGCUUGGGGCCGCAGAUGGGGAUGGGGAUGGGGGAGGUGGGGAUGGGGGCGGGGGCGUUUGGGAAGGGGGUGAGGUUGACAUGA